AUGAAACUCGAGGUGCGCGCAUCGCCGAACAGCAAGGCCAAGCGCCAGACCAAGAGCAAAACCUCGACUGCAGCGAAGAAAGGAAACUCUGGUUCUUCGGGGUAUCCCCAGUCGACCAUGGUCUCGUCCCCUGUUCAAUCAGCCCAAGAUCGCCGUCUCGAACGCUUCCAGUACGCCGAAGCCUCGGGGCAACAGUUCUCGGAUGAUGAGAGCGACGGGUUUGAGCCAAUUCGGGUUACCGGAAAGCCUCGGCGAAACAACACGCAUGAGAUGGGCCCCCCAAUCACCAGCGACCAGAGGUUGGAUCGACUCAACCAUAUGCAUCGGGUGGUUGUAGAAGAUUUCCAGGAGCAUGCCAAGAUCAUGCUUCAAGAUCUCGUUGUCAAGAAAGGCCUUCGUUGCCAGCCUUUCUCUGAUCACUCACUCCGUGAGAUGGCCAUAUCUUUCCCCAAGAGUCUUACUGAAUUGGCUAUGAUUCCUGACAUUGACCAAGACAAGGUCAAACGGUAUGGCCGGCAAAUCCUGGAACUCGUUGGCAAUGCAAAGCGGCGCUACGAGGAAAUGACGCAGGAAGCAGAGACGAACGGAGUCGUUGCGGAUCCCAACCACCAUAAUGUCAUCAACUUGAGCAGCAGCGACGAGUACAGCGACGAUGAUCUAUUCAUGGACGAGGGUACAUUCAAUUUCGACAACCCCAUUCAACAACCACCGCCCAGCAACACGGCAGAGAGCAUCACAAGUCGUUACUUCCCUCCGCCGGCUUCACCGGGUUAUGACACGGGUGACGACUUUGACUCCGGGCCUGCGGCUUCGGGCCCCAAGGGCCGCAAACGUGCACCUGCCAAACGCGCACCGCGACGAAAGUCUGGCUCCACUAGUACCUGGAAGGGCAAGGGCUCGCGGCCCAAGGCCAAGUCAGAUCGACCAGCAAGCCAAUCCGCACCUCGAAGGAGUGCCAAAAGCAAGACUCCCAAGUCUACGAUCGGAAUGAUGCCCCUUUGA